AUGCACAGCGUGGAGCUGCUAGGGAGAGGGAUGCACAGCCGGUGGAUGCACGUCCUUGGGCCAGCGCUGCUGCUGCUGCAGCUGCUGAGAGGAGCCUUCGCCCUGGAGUGCUACAGCUGUGUGCAGAAAGGGGACAGCGGCUGCGCCCCGGCCAAUUUGAAGACGGUGAAGUGUCCGGCAGGCACGGAGGUCUGCACGGAGGCGGUGGGAGCUGUGGAGACCAUCCACGGUCAGUUCUCGCUGGCGGUGAAGGGCUGCGGCUCGGGGCUACCGGGCAAGAAUGACCGGGGCCUGGACCUACACGGGAUCAUGGGCUUCCUGCAGCUGCUGCAGUGUGACCGCGACCGCUGUAAUGGCCAGCUCAACUUGACCACCACUCCGCUCAACCCCGCCGGGAACGAGAGCGGGCAGGAGGCGAACGGAGCGGAGUGUUACAGCUGCCUGGGGCAGAGCCGGGAGGCCUGUGCGGGCAACGCGGCGCCCCUGGCCAAGUGCUACGACGCGGGAGGCCAGGAGUACCGGGGCUGCUUCGACGGCAACGUCACCCUGACGGCAGCCAACACCACCGUGUCACUGCCCGUGCGGGGCUGCGUGCGGGACCGGGACUGCACCCGGGACGGGGCGGGAAACUCGGGGUUCACGCUGACGGGCUCGUGCUGCGAGGGCCCCCGCUGCAACGCCGACCUCCGCAACAAGACCUACUUCGCCCCCCGCAUCCCGCCCCUCGUCGUCCUGCCCGUCCCCCGGCCCACGGGGACGGGCACAACCAGGCCCUCGGGGACCCCGGCUGCCCCGGGCCCCGCCACCAAGCCGCCCGCGGGGGCGACCACGCAGAAGAGACCGGAGAAGACCUCGGAGAAGGCCCCAGAGAAGACGACCUCGGGGAAGACCCCCCAGGGAGGGUCAUCCCCGACAACCAUGGAACCCGUAGGGUCAGAGGAAGAGGUGGACCACGUGCACGACCACGGGCACGACGGCCACCCGGCCGGGGGGCGCCCGGUGGGGCACCAAGACCGGAGCGGUGCCAGUCAACACCCCUCCAAGGGGGGUGCCGGGGCCCAGUACCCCACCAAGGAGUGGGCCAAGGUACCAACCCCUCCCAAGGGCGGGGCUGGAGUCCGGGGGUCCGGGGUGGGGCUGUCCCUGGCUCUGUUGGCCGCCCUGACCCUCCUGUGA